AUGAGCUCUCCAACUCUCAAGCAAGCAGCCGAGUCUGCGCGAGCCAAGGCAUCCAACAUGACCAAAUCCGGCAGUGAGACUGUGGCAGCAGUCAAGACUGAUUUUCUCCACACGCCACUGAUGCGGGCAGCUCUACCGUUCGUCAACGGUGGUCUGUCUGGCAUGUUGGCCACGACAGUCAUUCAGCCUAUCGACAUGGUCAAGGUGCGAUUGCAACUCGCCGGCGAGGGCGUGGCCACGGGACCCAAGCCCAGCGCUCUUGGCAUUGCAUCAGACAUUAUACGCCAGGGCAAGGUCUUGGACUUGUACACGGGUCUUUCCGCCGGCCUCUUGAGGCAGGGUGUAUACACAACAGCCCGCCUGGGUUUCUUUGACACGUUCAUGGGCCAGCUCGGCCAACGCGCCAAGGACAACGGGACGACAGUCGGCUUUGCCGAGCGAGCGGCGGCUGGUCUCGGCGCCGGUGGCAUAGCCGCCUUUAUUGGCAACCCGGCCGAUCUGGCCCUCAUCCGCAUGCAGUCCGACGGUCUCAAGCCCCUGGCCGAGCGCAAAAACUACAAGUCCGUCAUUGACGCCCUGACGUCCAUUACCCGCUCCGAAGGCGUCACGGCGCUCUGGUCCGGCGCCACGCCCACCGUGGUCCGCGCCAUGGCGCUCAACCUGGGCCAGCUGGCCUUUUUCUCCGAGGCCAAGGCACAGCUCAAGUCGCGCACGCAAUGGUCGUCGCGUACCCAGACCCUGACCGCCAGUGCCAUUGCCGGCUUCUUUGCGUCUUUCCUGUCGCUGCCUUUUGAUUUCGUCAAGACGAGGUUGCAGAAGCAGCAACGAGGACCCGAUGGCAAGCUGCCGUACAAGUCCAUGGCCGACUGCUUCCGAAAGGUGGCCAAGGAGGAGGGUCUGUUGAGAUUCUACCGCGGAUUCGGAACAUACUAUGUCCGCAUUGCACCACAUGCCAUGGUUACUCUAAUCGUGGUCGAUUAUCUUGGUUGGCUCACGAAAUAA